GGGGGCGGGGGGCGGUGGCGUUGAGGAUGGGGAAGGGCGGCGGGCUGAGCAAGCUGCGGUGCAUGAUCAGGAGGUGGCACUCGUCGAGCCGCAUCCCCCGCGCGCCGUCGGCGGGGGACCUGGCGGCGGCGCCGGAGACGGCGGGGGCGGGGCGGGCGGCGUCGUUCCACGGCGCGGACGAGGUGCCCAAGGGGCUCCACCCGGUGUACGUCGGCAAGGCGCGGCGCCGGUACCUCAUCGCCGAGGAGCUCGUCGGCCACCCGCUGUUCCAGAACCUCGUCGACCGCACCGGCGGCGGCGUCGGCGAGGCCGGGACGACCGUCGUCGGCUGCGAGGUCGUGCUGUUCGAACACCUGCUCUGGAUGCUGGAGAACGCCGACCCGCAGCCGGAGUCCCUCGACGAGCUCGUCGAGUACUACGCCUGCUGAGAGACAAAAAAAAGCUCUUUACUCCCCACCGGCCGUGACGGCGGCGACGACGACGCGCCGGAGUUGGAUUUGGAAGCUUCCAGAAGCUGCGGUAAAUUUCUUCGUCAACAACAACACAAAAAAAAAACAAAAAAAAAUUCCAAAAUUUACCGUGUUUUGGUAGGGGUAGAAUCGUGAAUUUUCGGCCAAACGCCAGGGGCGAAGUGAAGCGAAAUCGAACGAAGCGGCAGCGUUUUGCUUAACCUCGGUGUCGGUGCUAAUUGGGGAAUUUACUGCCAAUUUACCAUUUUUACCGUAAAAGUGCUGCCCUUUCGGCGCUGUUAAUUAUCUCUGAUCGUUCAUGUAUUAGCUCUGUUGGGUUUCUCAUUAUUUCUCUUUUUUUUUUUGGCCCCAAAUAAGAUCUAUGGGCAAACAUGCCCGUCGGUCCAUGUACAUUCCGAUGAUGUAAAAAAAUAUUAUCAUUUAAUCUUGGAGUUAAUUUGUUGC